AUUUCUUAUGAAAAAUUAAGUUUUAGUCAAUUACCAGAAGUUUGAAUGUUUGAAAGCAUCUAAAAGUUAUAUAUAAAAAUGAAAUUCAUUUUAAUUGUAUUACUUUUAUUUGUAAUUCAAGUGUCUUUUUGCGCACACAUUAAUAAUGAAGACGAAACCACACUUUCAGAAGUUAUCGUGGAAUCGGAAUCAGAGAAUAUGUUCGACAAGAAACAGAAUUUGCAAUUGAAUUCAGACGAUGAGGACGACGACGAAGACAUUGAUUCCAACGCCGACAUUAACAAUCAAGACGACGACUUAGACAAUGGCUCAAAGCCUGAUCCAAGUGAUGUAUCAGAGCUCAGCCCUCCUCUUUUAGGUCAACCCGACGCUCCGCAUCCAAGUGUUGAUCAGUCCAGAGUCGGUACCGAUUCGGUCGACAAUCAGCCACAGCCUGACUAUAGCGCUGUCCAGAACAGGGGUUAUCCUCAAACGUGUCAAAGUGGUCAAUACCAGUGCCAGAAAGUGGAUCCCACGGCACAGACUCGUUGUAUUCCUCAGGAGUGGCGCUGCAAUGGUAUGAGAGACUGCGAGAAUAGCGACGAUGAGAGCGGUUGUAGUACUGAUCAAAUAAGCAGAGGUCGACCGCAACACCAGAAAUGCACUCAAGAGCAAUACCAAUGCCACGGGACGGGCAUUAAUUCAGUGCCCGCACAAUGUAUUGAGAGUCGACACGUUUGUGACGGAACAUAUCAUUGCUCUUAUGGCGACGAUGAGGCCAAUUGUGGCUCAAGAAGGGAUGACAGGAGGGAUGAGAGACGAGACGAGAGAAGGGAUGAAAGACGAGACCCUCAUUACACUCCCAGAAGAUAUGAUCAAACGGUAAUUGUUGAUUCAACUCAUGGUAAUCGAGUGCCCGAUUCUGUGGAUCGACACGCGUCCCGACCUCAGCCUCAACCACAGCCUCAACCAAAUGAUCGCAAAUCUGAAGAAUAUGUUCAGAGACUUGAGUGGAGAGAUCGAUGUUUCAGAUCAUGUGUACAGUCGAAGAGAGGAAAGACACCGGAACCUGACAUGGAGUUGAAUAUGCGGUGGAGAGACCUGAGUCUGAAGACCAUCUGCGAGGAGGAAGAAUGGAAGGCACAGUUCGCGCCAAUCAGUGACAAGUUUGCCAAAUGCUUGGGACUCAAGAAGAUAUUCGUUGACGACAACGACCCGGAGGAUGACGGCGACCGACUCGGCAUGUUUAGGGCCGAAAACAAUAACCCCUAUUGCAGAAUCGCAAAGUCGUGGGAUUCGUGCACUCAUUACCUGAAAGGACUCAAUUGUAUUGAGCCGAACGCCGAUGAGAUCAGUCGCGGCAGUCGGGAUGGCAUGUCUGGUAUGUUAGACGACAGCAAACACUACGAUCCGGAAGACAUGAACUCUAUGGUGAAGCCCUAUAAGAUGCAGUGCGAAAUGGCUAAGUUUGCUCAAAACUACGGCCCAUUCGGAUCACACGGAAUGGAUUAUUACGGAGGAAUGGGAGGAGAUUACGGGGGAGAAGGCAUGGAUGGCAUGGAAGGCGGUGAUGAGGAUAUGCCAGCCAUACCACAUGAUGGUGACUUUAAGUGA